UAUCGAUAGUUUUCCAGUUCUAAAUGAUAAUUAUCUCCUCGAAAAGAAAAGAAACAGAGUUGUUGUUUAUUUUACAUAGCAAUAAAUUAUUUAGCAUUAUUUUGCUUUUCUCAGCUUUACGUUUCCCACGUUCUGUAAUUACACGAAUAAAUAAGUUAUGAUUAGCUGUGAUGGAGAAUAUGAGCAAUGCCCGUACGAUAUCUCACAUACGAUUUUGAAAAAGAGGUUCCAGGUCCACUUAGGCCGAUGCAGGAAGAAUCAUAAAGGUGUUCAAAAAGUGACUUGCCCCUUCAAUGUUACUCAUAUACUAAAUCAACCGGAGCUUGACUGGCAUGUGAAAACUUGUCCUGAACGUGCAUCAUUUGAGAAUUUUAAGCACCAGCAAGAGGUAGUAGCGGCGAACACUUCAGACGCAUCUUGUGCAUCGACAUCAACUGCAUCGGUGGCGGAACAGGAAACAGAAUAUGUCUUGGAGACCGAAGAGAAUUGGGAUGAUUUGCCGCCAACACCGUCUUAUGAUCCAAAAAAGUAUGCUGCAAAUGCUCAAGUGCUUCGAACAUUACAAGGUCAUUCAAAGUCUGUCAAAAAGCAAUUUCGUGCUAAGGAACGACUACGCUUGAAAGGUAUUGAGGAUGCCUAAAAGGACUUGCGCUACCAUAGAGAUAAAAAUAUAUGUCAAAGGUGGCAAAGCGCAACAACUAACUAAUUUUUUUAUUAUGUAUCUGACCGUUUUAAUUAAUUUCGAUAAGGACCUUCUACAGAGGCAUCGGCAUGCAUACUAAAGUGAUAAUGAAAUUAAAAUUGUUGUGUUGAUAACCUUUGUGACAUACAUAAUACUAGGGUGAUUCAGAAAUAAAAAAAAAACUUAUUUCUCGGAA